CGUCCUCUCUUCAAUUUCAACAGCCUCUUCUUCUCUUCUUCUUCCCAAAUCUUCUUCCUCUAUUUCAAAUAUAUACAUAUAUCUCCCUCACACAAACAUAUAACACAGUUAAAAGCCAUAGACGAAAUAUAAUAUUGAGAGAUUCAAGCGAGCAUUCGAUAAAUCGUUUUGGUUCUCUAUUUUUUUGCUUCUUUGGAAAAUUUUAUAAACCGGUGAUUGGAUGGUGAGAGAGCAAGCGGAGAAGAAGGAGGUGAGGAAGGGAAUGCGACUGGGGAAAUACGAGCUUGGUAGGACGCUUGGUGAGGGUAAUUUCGGAAAAGUAAAAUUCGCUAAAGACACCGUCUCCGGUCAGCCGUUCGCCGUUAAAAUCAUCGACAAGUCUCGUAUCGCCGAUCUCAACUUCUCCUUGCAGAUAAAAAGGGAGAUCAGAACGCUGAAAAUGCUGAAACAUCCCAACAUUGUCAGAUUACACGAGGUCUUGGCUAGCAAAACAAAGAUCAAUAUGGUGAUGGAAUUAGUAACGGGAGGAGAAUUGUUCGACAGAAUUGAAGACGGCUUGCUACAUACAACCUGUGGAAGUCCUAAUUACGUUGCCCCUGAGGUACUAGCGAACAGAGGCUACGAAGGUGCAGCAUCUGAUAUAUGGUCAUGUGGUGUAGUCUUGUAUGUGAUUCUAACCGGAUGUCUCCCUUUUGAUGAUAGAAACCUUGCAGUUCUUUACCAAAAGAUAUGCAAAGGAGAUCCACCGAUACCAAGAUGGUUAUCUCCAGGUGCAAGAACCAUGAUCAAGAAAAUGCUAGAUCCAAAUCCAGUCACGAGGAUCACAGUCUCAGGUAUUAAAGCCAGCGAAUGGUUCAAGAACGACUACACUCCUUCGACUCCUGACGAUGAUGAUGACGAAGAAGACAUUGACACAGACGAUGAUGCUUUCUCAGUCCAAGAAGUCGGAUCGGAAGAUGGAAAGGGCAGUGAUUCACCGACUAUCAUCAACGCGUUUCAGUUGAUUGGAAUGUCUUCCUUCCUUGACCUAUCUGGUUUCUUUGAACAAGAGGAUGUAUCAGAGAGGAGAAUAAGAUUCACUUCAAAUAGCUCAGCAAAAGAUUUACUCGAGAAAAUUGAAACCACAGUUACUGAAAUGGGAUUCAGUGUACAAAAGAAAAAUGCCAAGUUGAAAGUAAAGCAAGAAGAACAUAACCAGAAGGGUCAAGUUGGUUUAUCAGUAACAGCUGAGGUUUUCGAGAUAAAGCCGUCACUGAACGUGGUUGAGUUAAGAAAAUCUUAUGGCGAUUCAUCUUUGUAUAGACAGUUGUACGAGAGACUAUUAAAAGACGUUGGCACGUCCUCGCCGGAACAAGAAUUAGUAGCAUAG